ACCACCGGCCAUGUUGUCAACAAAAUGAAUUUGUAGUGCUACCAUCCCCUAUAAAGUAUUAUAUAGAUCUAUUAACAUAGAAAAUAUAAUUUAGAUUUUUAGAAGAUCUAUUAGCCAUUGUAAACUUAUGGAUUUCCCCUUUUUUUCUUUAAUAAUUGGGGAGCUUUAAAUUCAAUUUAAUUAAUCAAUGGCAUCAUUGAGUUCUGGGUCUUCAAGAGAGAAUAAAGCAGGUUUUUGGAAGAAGAAUUCUUCAGUACCCGGAAGGUACGAUAAUAAAUCAUAAUAAAACAUCAAGCCAGUGUAUGGAGCACAGCACCCCCCUCCGCAGUCGAAUAUUAACAUGCCGUCUGGACGUCAGAUAAAAAAAGAUGAGAAGGCCAAGCACAACAAAAAGGAUGCUUUUCAUGAAUUUGAAAAUAAAACCUCCGACGCCUGGGAUGAUGGGGAUGAUGACCUCAUUCAGAUGGCAAAUUUGAAAUUGUCACUGAAAGAUGUUCACACGUCUGCCAAAGUUGUCCUUGACAAUCACAGCAAGAAAGCUAACUCAUUACAAAAGCAGCAACUAGAAGACAACGCAGCAUCUAAUAAUAAAGGACUGAAUUCUCCUCAGUCUUACAACUCUAACCAUCAUCAUCCUCAUCAUUAUCAUGGAGGACCUGGGCUGGGUGUGAGACUGAACAGUGGAGGAUACCAGCCACCCAAAAUGACCUCCAUAAGAUAUGUCACAAACACAGCCCCAGACAGGGAAGCCACCAAAAUUGAUAAAUUCAAAGCUCUGUUUGCUGAGCCAUCUUUGGAUUUGAGUGAUCUUAGACAGCUUUGUUGGUCAGGGAUACCCAAAGCUGUUCGACCUACAGCAUGGAAAAUUUUGUCAGGUUACUUGCCAACUGCAGCAGAUAGAAGACAGGAGACACUGGAACGGAAACGUAAGGAGUAUUUUGGUUAUAUUGACCAGUACUAUGAGACUCGUUAUCAGGACCUGCACGAAGAAACCUUUAGACAGAUACUAAAAGAUAUACCUCGUAUGACCACUCUAGCACAUUUGUUUCAAGAGAAAGCAGUGCAGGAAAUAUUUGAGCGGAUACUGUAUAUCUGGGCCAUAAGGCAUCCAGCCAGUGGCUAUGUGCAGGGCAUCAAUGAUCUGGUGACCCCAUUUUUCGUAGUUUUCCUUUCAGAAUACAUUGAAAAUGAUAUUGAGGUAGAGAACUGUGAUCUGACAGAGUUACCUCAAAGUACCAGAGAUUUGAUUGAGGCAGACAGUUUCUGGUGCAUGUCCAAACUUCUGGAUGGUAUCCAGGAUAAUUAUACUUUUGCUCAGCCUGGUAUUCAGAUGAAAGUCAAUGCCUUGAGAGAACUUAUCAAACGCAUUGAUGCCCCAUUAUUUCAUCACUUGGAGCGUCAAGGCGUGGAGUUUUUACAGUUCUCCUUUAGGUGGAUGAACAACUUGCUCAUGCGAGAGAUACCAUUAAGAUGUACUAUCAGGCUCUGGGACACAUACCAGUCAGAGAUAAAUGGAUUUGCAGAUUUUCAUCUGUAUGUCUGUGCUGCAUUUCUUAAAAGGUUUUCAGAAGAUGCACUCAGAGAACAAGAUUUCCAGGGAAUACUGAUGUUACUCCAGAACCUGCCCACUCUCCACUGGAAGGAUAAAGAGAUCAGCGAGCUGCUAGCCGAGGCCUACAAGCUCAAGUACAUGUUUGCUGAUGCACCUAGGCAUCUUUUGCUCAAAUCUUGACCUUUGACCCCUGUUGCUGUUGUGUAGAGUUAGUUAUAGGGCAAAUGAUAUGUGUAUGUGUGUGAGGCAUACUCCAGAAACCUUUCAUGUAUAUACUUUUUUGUUGAGUUUUUUGAAAAUCUUCAUUUGAUCGUGGUGCAGGGUGUAAAACACUUUGUGUUUAUCCUGUGAGUGAAUGAUGUUACAACCCAGUUAUGUUUGGAUUUUUUUUUGUUUCAAUUAUGCAUACCAUUAGAUAAAGAUAAUGUGCAAUGAUGUUAAGUUGCCAGUGCAUAUGGUUGUAUUAUAAUACACUUCAAUGUGUAUACCUGGGGUUAUUUUAGUUUGGGUUUUUCCUUGUUUUUUAUUUUUCAAAGUAGGAUCAAAUAUUGUGUUGAUACAAUACUGGAUCACAGUAUAUUGAUGUUAUUAAUCUUUUCUUUUAUGCAUUUGGAAACAUUGUUUGAAUGUCUUUCAAGAGUAUUAUAAUUGAGUCUAGGAAGCAUUUGAAUUGAAAACAUUAUUGCCAAAUAUUUUUUUCUUGUCAACUUGUCGUGUACAAUUAAAAUCUCAUCAUUGUUAUUUGUUUUAGAUCUAUGAGAACUUUGGUCAAUACAGAAGCAUUCAUUUUAAGAGUUUUGUUUUUAGUAAUUUUUUUUCUCAGAAGUAUUUCUCAUAAAUUUAAAGUCUAUAAAUGUAACAAAAAUAGAAAGAUCUGACCAGGCCAUUAAUAAAAAUAAAGCACUGUUAAUUCAUCUUUAUUUUUAUCACACAAUAAUCAAGCUAUUGUGUGUGGUUUUUUUUUUUUUUUUUUUUUUUUGCAAUACUUAUUUCAGACCUGCCUACCGUUACGCAAAAUGCGUAUUCGUUAAGCAAAAUCUCUCAAAAAUGACCGUCAGUACGAAAAGGUGGGGGAACACAUUGUGUCCAGAUCUAUACGUUGAUUGGUUCUUAAUAGCAAUUAGAUUUAGUCUAGAAAUGAAGAACGCGAGAGUGAGGGAGUUGCGGGUUGGUACCAGGUUGGUACCAUCGGUUAGCUGAUACACCAACGUGACUUUUUUUUUGUAAGUUCAUUAGUAGAAAUUAAUUAUGUUGGUGCAUUAAAAAAAAGUCGAAUGUUAAAAAAAAAAAAAAAAAUCCCUGAUUCCCGUAUUCAUUUGUAUAGAAAAAAUGAAGCACUAUCGAUUCAAAACACAUUGAGUGACAUUGUAGAUAUCUAGUCUAGAUCUAGAUCUGGAUUCUAGAUCUAGAAUCUAGAUAACUUGUUAUACAGGAAUAGAUCUAGCUAGCUAGAGUCUAGCUAGUCAUUACGCUAUGAUUCUCUACAUUACUCUACAAUCUAGAUCUAGAUCCAAUUUAGUUAUAGUAUGAUUUAGAAUUUAGAUUGACUAGAUCUAGAUCAAUAACAUAUACUACCAUCUAGUCUAGAUCUAGACUAGAUUCUUAGUCUUAGUAUAGAAUAGAUCAAAGAUGAAGGUAGGCCUACGAAAGUUUGGAGUAGACCUACAUUUGUAGCAGAUCCACGGCAUCGGUAACACUCUUGAGCCCAGAUCUAGAGUAGAUUAUAUUCAUUAUAUAGACAUAGAUCCAGAUCUAGUCUAGAUAUCAUCUCUAUUGAUCUACAUUUAGAUUGUAGAUCUAAUCAUGACAUCUAAUAUUAUAUAUAUAUGUAUAUAUGACAAAAUACUGGAUCGCGUAAGUGUUACACAUUCUGGUGCCAAAAGACGCAUUUUGAUCAUCAGUGUUACACAUUUGGACUUUUUUUGGUAGGCAGGUCUGCUUAUUUUAUAAUUGUUUUCAAAAUUAUUAUUAAAACAUAAGAUGUAUUCCCUGAGAAUGUCUUUAACCAUGUCAACUCUAGUCUCCUGUAUUUUAUGCUUGUGUUUGGCUAAAAAAUACUAUUUUUGUAGUUUUGGCUAUAAAAUAGUGUUUGUAGUUUGGGAGUAUCCUGUUGUGGUACUAAAAAAACAGUAAACAUUUCUAAAGAAGAAAAGUUGUCAUUUGCAAUCAGAUUUUGCUAUAGAUUAUUGUGUUAUAGUAUAUAAUUUAUUUAUUGAUUGAUAUGAAGUUAUUUUCUCUACCUGAUACCCUUCAAAAAAUGAUGUUGAUUUGACAGGACACUUGUACUUGGUCAAUGAAACAAGAAACUUAUUUUGUAAUAUAUUUGUUUUCAUACUUGAAAAGGAACCAUUGUUGAGUGGCCUUGUUCCUUUAUUCCACAUGCAUGGGUGAUAUAAUUAGUCACAUUUGAGUAUAUUACUCAGUAGAUCAUGUGACUUUGUUUUCAAUCAUUUCAUUGUUUUGUUUUGUUUUUUCCAUUCAAGUGUGUGUUCUUUUUUUUUUUUAACUGUUGAUGUGACGUCUUCUUCGCGUUGUCUCAUUUGUACCCAUUGUGACAGGACCUGUGCUGCUAGGGAUACUCUCUUCAUUCAAAUAAGGUCGGGGAGGGGGGCGGGGGCAAAAAAUGUCUAUGAAAUGUGACAUGUAUAGUUUGGUUGUGUAUCUGAUUAGAAUCAUUUUGAAUUGAACAUUUUUGCUUCUUUUAGGUGGAAUUUUUUUU